AUUUUUCUCUUUGGAAAACCCUCUCUCUCUCCUCGAUGUCAUCAUUUUCCUCGAGAAAGAAAAAAAGCAUGUUGUUUUCUUCUAAUUCUUAGUUGUCCCUUUUUAUUUCUUACCUCUCUCUCUUAUCUCUUUUUGCCCUUUGAAUGACUGACUCAAGCGUCGAGCUUUGAAGGGCUUAUAUUUUUUCCCUGUUUCUGAAAAUUUCUAGAACCCAACAUCUCUUUCUUUUUGCCUCAUCUUGGUCGCCCUUCCCUCCUUUAUAAGAAGUCAGAUACAAGAGUUCACAAAAAAAAAAAAAAAACUCUUUCUCUUUUCUCAGUCAGGAGCUUUGGUAAAAAAGUUAUGGUCUUUUUUAGAUUCAAAAAACCUGAGAGUUCGUUUUGUUAACUCAUGGAAACUGAUACAAGCAAACGCUGUGACAACCUCGUGCACUCUCGCUUCUUCCUCUCUGGGUUCUAUUGCUGGGGUUGGGAAUUCUUGACCGCUCUUCUGCUCUUUAGUUGUUCUGUCUAAAGAAACGAAACAUCUCAAUUAACGAGGUUCGUUCUUCUUUUGCUUCUCGUGUAACAAUAAUUCUUUGUUAGAUUUUCUUUCUUUUUUUUUCUAUUACGUAUUCUGGGAGGGGUUGGUGAAUCGGACAACAAAAAACGAAAUGGCGCAAAGGUCUGUUCCGGCGCCGUUUUUGACCAAAACGUACCAGCUGGUUGAUGACCCGAUCACCGACGACGUGAUUUCAUGGAAUGAAAACGGCACCACCUUUGUCGUUUGGAAAACUGCUGAUUUUGCAAAGGAUUUGCUUCCCAAUUAUUUCAAGCACAACAACUUCUCUAGCUUCGUCCGUCAGCUCAACACCUACGGAUUUCGAAAGGUUGUUCCCGACAAAUGGGAAUUCGCGAACGAGAACUUCAAGCGAGGGCAAAAAGAGCUCUUGUCCGAAAUCCGUCGUCGUAAAACGGUGACAUCGUCGCCUGCGAACGGCAAAACAGCUGGUGCUGGACCUUCCUCUCCGACUAACUCUGGAGAAGACCUUGGGUCUACUUCCACGUCAUCCCCGGACUCGAAGAAUCCGGGAUCGGUGGAAACGACGCCGGCGGCUGUGACCCAAUUCGCCGAUUUAUCAGACGAGAACGAGAAACUGAAAAAGGAUAACGAGAUGUUGAGCUCGGAGCUGGCGCAGGCCAAGAAGCAAUGCGACGAGCUGGUCGCCUUUUUAACUGAAUGCGUGAAGGUGGGGCCCGAUCAGAUCAAUCGCAUCAUGCGGCAAGGAAGCUUUGGAUCCACCCGUGAUGGCGAUGAUCGUGGUCGUAGCCACGAUGUUGACGACCUCCAUGAUCAUGACCAAGUUGUUGAUGAUGAUGAUGAAAAAGGCCGCAAAGAAGGUAAUGGAAGUUUGAAACUGUUCGGGGUUUGGUUGAAAGGCGCGGAAAGAAAGAGGGCCCGCGAGGAGAAAAUCGUGUACGGUGGGCCACACGCUAAGGAGAUGAAGACUGUAGAUUUUCGCCACGUGCCUUUGGUGAUGAAGAGCGGCAAGGUUUGCAACUGACCAUAUCAACGGUCGACACGACAGCGAAGAAACGUUCAUGCCGGUUUGAUAUACCUAUAAAAUUAGGGACAAGUAAGGUUUAUUUUGUAAUUUUCAGUAAGAAUAUAUACUAAUUUGUAAUUUCGAAAUAAAUAAGGAUGGGUUGUAAUUUUUAUGACUUCUUUUCGCAUUGUGUAGUGUAGGUGGGUCAGUUAGUCAGCAAUUGUGGGAGGCAGACAUCAAAGGCAAAUGGGUCUCUGUCUUCCUCCCACCUAGAAUGUUAUACCAAUUACACAUUUGUAAAAUGUGGCCUCUGAAGAUUAGCUUAUUGUGUUUAUAUUAUUAUUUUGGGCUUUAA